GCUCUAGGGAGACACUGAGAGAGUCCCGUGUGAGGACCAGACGGUGAUCGCGGGACCUGUCGGGGGAAGCGUUUGACUUCCAAGACAGCAGCCCGGUUGUUGCAGGGACCGGGUCGGGACGCGGAGCUGCUUCUUGUCGCUCCCGGUGCCUCCCCGGGCCGGUACCGGCCCUGGGGGUGCCGUCGGGGCAGUCACCGCGGUGCCAGCGCGGAGCUCGGCGCUGCCUCGGCGAUCGCGGAGUGCGGGAGCCUCGCGGCCGCGACGAAAUGUUUUAGGGGACGACGGAGAAGGGCAAGGACCGUCCGCAUCAUCCCCGGGCGGGAGCCCUCGGGCCCCCCGCGGAACCGACCCCUCGAGGCACCGGCCCCCCUCCCUGUCGGGCUCGCUUUGCAAACCUGAAGCCGCCUUUAGCCGGCCGUGAGCCUUUCGUGUCCCCGGCGCGGGCAGCGAUGGGAAAUCCAGUGCAGUAUUAAUCCACGGAGGUGCUGUGGGGACAGUUGGCAGUACAAUGGCUUCUCAGUACCUCGUAGUGGCUCUGGCCGUUUUCUCCUCUUUUACCCAGGUUGUAAUAGAAGCCAGCUCUUGGUGGUCUUUAGGGAUGAACCCCAUGAACCCCAUGAACCCUGUUCAGAUGUCAGAGGUGUAUAUUAUAGGAGCCCAGCCACUAUGUAGCCAGCUAGCAGGGCUUUCCCAAGGACAGAAGAAACUCUGCCAGUUGUAUCAGGACCAUAUGCAGUUCAUUGGAGAGGGUGCAAAGACGGGCAUUAAGGAGUGCCAGUAUCAAUUCAGACAUAGAAGAUGGAAUUGCAGCACUGUGGACAACAACUCUGUUUUUGGCAGAGUCAUGCAGAUAGGCAGCCGGGAGACGGCGUUCACCUACGCGGUGAGCGCGGCCGGCGUGGUCAACGCCAUGAGCCGCGCCUGCCGGGAGGGCGAGCUGUCCUCCUGCGGCUGCAGCCGCGCCGCGCGGCCCAAGGACCUGCCCCGGGACUGGCUGUGGGGCGGCUGCGGGGACAACAUCGAGUAUGGAUAUCGCUUCGCCAAGGAGUUCGUGGACGCGCGCGAGCGCGAGCGAGUUUACCAGCGAGGCUCCUACGAGAGCGCCCGCAUCAUGAUGAACCUGCACAACAACGAGGCCGGCAGAAGAACGGUGUACAACCUGGCUGACGUGGCCUGUAAGUGCCACGGCGUCUCCGGCUCCUGCAGCCUGAAGACCUGCUGGCUGCAGCUCGCCGAUUUCCGCAAGGUGGGCGACGCCCUGAAGGAGAAAUACGACAGCGCCGCCGCCAUGAAGCUCAACAGCCGGGGGAAGCUGGUGCAGGUGAACAGCCGCUUCAACGCCCCCACCAUCCACGACCUGGUGUACAUCGACCCCAGCCCCGACUACUGCGUGCGCAACGAGAGCACCGGCUCCCUGGGCACCCAGGGCCGCCUGUGCAAUAAGACCUCGGAGGGCAUGGACGGCUGUGAACUCAUGUGCUGCGGCCGGGGCUACGACCAGUUCAAGACGGUGCAGCGAGAGCGCUGCCACUGCAAGUUCCACUGGUGCUGCUACGUGAAAUGCAAGUUGUGCACAGAGAUCGUGGACCAGUUUGUGUGCAAAUAGGGCACGGACGAGGUGGGAGGAACUGCAGCCGCCUGCCAGCAAGGGGUGCAGGCCCCUCUCCCUUUCUGCAGGACUAUCUCCACUUUAUUUAUAGAGUCCAAGGAGUUUUCGUCUUCUUUUAAGAAAAUAAAAAAAAAAAAGAAAAUUAAAAAAAGGGCGGGAAAGGAAAAAAAAAAGAAAGAAAAAAAUAUAGAGGUUGCAAAGAGAAGUGCCUGGAAACCCUCUCUGCGUCCAUCCCAGAACUGUGUGAGGCUUAUAUUUUUGGCAAUAAUGGGGGAGAAUCUGAGAAUAUUUAUUUUACAAAGUUAAAAGAAAAAUAAUUGACUUUUCUUACAAACAAUAGAGUAGUUUGAGGGGAAAAGCCGACAUAUCCUAAUUUAGAUCCAUGGAACGUAAUACAUGUGCAGUAGACAGAGCAACCACGUAAUGUGCUUGGGAUGUUAGAACCAUCCUUAUGGAUGUGAGGAACACACAGACCUGUCCAUGACUUUUAGGUUCAGACACUAGAAGUUCCUAGAGUAGGGUGUACAAAGCUGUUCAGUGCUCUGUAAAUAAGGGGUAUGUUCAUCACAAGGUGCGGUGUCGGUUUCCUGCCAAGGGUCACCGGAGGGCAAAGAGCAAAGGAUCAGAAAGGCUUCAACUGCGCUAUCCCUGAGUCACCUGGGCUGGUUCCAGAACCAAGCAAGACAGGAAAAAAAAACCAGGAAAAAAAAUAUGCCUUGGUGAAUAAUAAAGAUAUUCUUCAGGGCAGAGCUUGGCCUCAUCAGCUAAUUGUGACAUUCGAGUGUCUCGUGUGCCGGAGCAGCACUUCCCUGCUGCUGGGUGUGGAGCAGCCCGGGGCAGGCUGCCCGGAGCACUGGAGCUGGGCAAUGCUUACAAACAGCUUUGCUUUUCCAGCCUGGAAAGCCCAUGGAAAGCAGAGUUCCCCAAAUUUGAAAAUGCCUUAAAAUGGUGUAAUAGCUGGCUGUCUUUCAAAACACAGCUUGACAAAUAACUCCUCUAAUUUUAUGUGAGAAAAUAAAUCAUUAGAUAUCCGCUCUUGGAAUGACUGAUUUUUAUUUUUUCGCAGAUUUUGGGAACGUUUUCACUCAAGGAGACAGUACUUUCAUAUUUUAAUAACAUUAACUGACUAUUAUAGUUCAAUGAAACGUUGCAGCAAUACCAAAUUUAUCAUCCUAUGUCUUUAAUACACAUGCUUUAGAUAAUAUACUGCAGAUAUACACUACAACUGUUGAGACUAUACUUGAGCAGUUACAUAUAUAUGGGAGAACUGUGGUCUCUGGUGUCUGAUACUUCAAAGCUUUUUGUACAUAUAUAUUUUAAUGAUUUAGAAAAAAAUAAAACAUCUAAAUUAAAGGGACAGUUCAUCCCUUAUUUUCUUUUUCAGAUCUCUUCAGGUGUUUAGAUUGAUUCUAAGCUUUUAGUGGGUUUUUAAUUUUUUUUUUUUAAGAACUUUUAAUGUUCAGAAGUUUUAAGGAGAAUCACAAAGAAGUAAGCCUCUUCCCAGUUUCAGGACUUCCUUGGGUGGUUGGUAGAGGCAGCACCCUGCACUUGAAUUGAUACCAGUCUGGAGAUCACUUCUAUUCCACUCUCACAUGAAGGGCAUUAUUGAUUAUUGCUGAAAGGAGGCACCUUCCAACUCCAAAAUGUGCUGCAUUUGGCCCUUGCUUUUCAGUUUUUGAACAGAGAAUUGUUAUUUGUCAAACAAUAUGUGUUCCCCCCCAUGCUGUGUAGUUACACAGGAUUUCAUCUUUGGUUCAGAUGCCACUUUCCAGCUCAGUCCCAUCCUACAAGUUAAAGAAAAUGGUUUUGCAGAUACCAAGUGAGGAAAACCUUUCACUUUAGCCUAGUUGUACUAAAGCCUUGACUUUUCACAAGCCUUUAAGCUGUAUCAUUAAAUUCAUCUUGAUCAUUUAUCAGCUUCUUAAUGGCGCUUUAUUGCUCUUAAUUUAUUGUACAAGGACAUAUUUACCCCUCAUCUUCAGAUGUUUGCAAAGAAUAUCUUUAAAGUAAGAGAAAUAAAUAAAGCACUAAUUCAUUGAAUAUGUCACUUUGGUUUUUAUUGUACAAAAAAACAUGACCUUUUUUUUUCAUUUGCUGAAUCACCUCAUGUUCCUUUUUAGUGACUUCUGUCUGAACAGAAUUUAAUCUCAUGAUCCUAGCUAUUAAAACCCUAUUUAAUGUAAAAUAUUUUACUUGUCAUUCAGAUAUGUAAAUCUUCUAUGUCCUUUCCUCUGUUCUGUACAUUUAAUGUACAUAUUUCUGUCUUGUGUGAUUUGUAUAUUUCACUGGUUAAAAAAAAAGAAAGGAUUAUGCCAUAAUUGAAGAUAGACUAUAAAAAUAAAACUUUGGUUGUAUAUU